GGUCGGCGGGUCGCAGUGCGCAUGCGCAGCUCGGCGCUGUGAGGGCGGGCGGUUCCUCAGCGCUGGGCGGGCCCGGCCGGUGCGCGGAGCCGGCGGUGGAACGUCGGUGUGUGCGGGAUGCCGGGGCUCGUGGUGUUCGGGAGGCGCUGGGCCAUCGGCAGCGACGACUUCGUCCUCCCGGGGACCUUCGAGCUGUUCCUCAGGUUGCUGUGGUGGCUCGGCAUCGUGGUGCUGUACGCCGUGCACAAGGGUCAGUUCAGCUGCCCGGGCGGAGCGCUCCUGCACAGUUACCUGCUGGUGCUGCUGGCGCUGCUGGCCGCGAUCAUCUGCACGCUGUGCGCCCUGGUGUAUGUCAGCAUGCAAGGAACAAUUUCCAAUCCAGGCCCAAGAAAAUCACUUCCCAAGCUACUUUAUACCCGCCUGCUUCUCUACCUGCCUGAAUUUAUCUGGGCUGUUGUAGGAGCUGUGUGGGUGUCAGACAGCAGCGUGCGCUGUGAGAGCACUGUGAUAAAUGUCAUCCUUGGGACGGUUAUUGCAAGCUGGGUUAUCAUUGUGUUUACCAUCAUUGGAGUGCUCAUUGUCUUUGAUCCGCUCGGGGGGAAAAAGACAUUUUACCUCACUGACGGUUUAGAUCGGAACUUGGAAAGCAGCCAGUCAGGGCAGCUGCUGUACAACGUGAAGAACACUGCUACCAGAGUCUGGGAGAAAAGAAUCAGGCUGAUGUGCUGUUGUAUCGUGCAGGACGAUGACCAUCGAGUGGCCUUUACAAGCAUCGCAGAGCUUUUCCGUGCCUACUUUUCAGACACGGAUCUGGUGCCAAGUGACAUAGCAGCUGGUUUGAUUCUGCUCCAUCAAGAGCAAGAUAAAAUGGAAAGCUGCCCCAAAGAGCCGGAAGAAGUUCUGUGUCACUCUCCAUCAUCUCUUGUGGCUGAUGAUUUGGAUAUUGAACUGGAGAAUGCUGCUCACUAUAUGCUGUUUGCUGCAGCUGCCUAUGGCUGGCCCUACUACAUAUACACCAACCCAUUCACUGCGCUCUGUAAGCUCAAUGGUGACUGUUGCAGAAGUAGACCAGAAGAUUGUGAUAUAACUGGAAGUGAUCGUCGUAACUUUCACUUUGGAUCCAUCCUAAGAAUAACAGGACUGCAGUACAGAGACUUCAUUCAUAUCAGCUUUCACAACAAAAUAUAUGAGAUUCCUUUUUUUGUUGCUUUGGAUCACAAAAAAGAAGCUAUUGUGGUUGCAGUGAGAGGAACGUUGUCUUUUGAGGAUAUUCUCACUGAUCUGUCAGCAGACUGUGAAGACCUGACUCUGGAAGAUGUUCUAGAGAAUGGCUUUGUGCAUAAGGGAAUUACUCAGGCUGCAAAUUACAUCUAUCAAAAGCUAAUAAAUGAUGGAAUCUUAAACCAGGCUUUCACAAUUGCUCCAGAAUACAAACUUGUGAUAGUUGGUCACAGUUUGGGUGGUGGAACAGCUUCUGUAUUGGCAAUCAUGCUCAGGAACUCCUUCCCAACGUUAAAAUGUUACGCCUUUUCUCCUCCAGGAGGACUUCUAAGCAAAGCACUUGCAGAGUACUCCAAGCGCUUCAUUAUUUCGAUCAUCCUUGGAAAGGACCUUGUUGCAAGGUUAAGCAUGCCCAACAUGGAGGACUUAAAGAGAAGAAUAGUGAGAAUUGUGGCAAACUGCAACAGACCCAAGUACCAGAUUUUGUUGCGUGGCUGUUGGUAUGAAGUAUUUGGAGGAGACCCAGAUAACUUCCCAACUGAGCUGGAUGGUAGGAACGACGAUGCACUGACGCAGCCCCUCCUAGCUGAGGAAAGCUUAAUGGUUCAUCGGUCACCUUCAUACAACGCCCUUGAUGGAGAAUCACACUUGAAUUCACCACCGCAGUACCCUCAUCUGUAUCUUCCUGGAAGGAUUAUCCAUAUUGUAGAAGAAUCCAGUUCUAGGAGGUUGUGCUCUUCAGACAUUAAAUACUCUGCAAACUGGUCAAAUGAAACAGUCUUCAGCAGCAUUUUAAUAAGUCCCAAGAUGAUAACAGACCACAUGCCCGAUGUUGUGCUCAAUGCUCUCAACAGUUUGUCUCAAGAACACAGAUCUUGUAUUUCUUGUCGAACAAAAUAAUUGAACAGAAUGUGGUACGUAGCUCAGAAGAGAGAAGUGCUUUAAACAAGAAUGAAAAAUGCAGCUUUGAGGUAUUCAGGAUACAUUCCACUUCCAUAGAGUGGAUUUCAGUACUUUUCUCAUCUUGUGUGUAAUGAACAAGAGGUUUUGGUGCCCUUGUCUCUGCAGUGAUCUCAACAACAUUAUGAUGGGUGAAGCGCAUAUUCUGCAUUGAUGCUGAAGCUUGAGCUUUUCCAAAAGUGGAGCAGUAUACAAGUGCUAGCCAAGCUGCUGCAAGCUGUCACCAGAGAGCUGAGCCUUCAGCUGAACAAUUGACUAAGGUGAGGGUGAGAGGCCAGCUUGUCAGCGCAGAGCCCUGUCAGGCAGGUUUAAAAAAAAUCCAGUUCUGCUUCCAAGUCGCUUCAUUCCACUGCUCACGGGUGUCCUGCACCCUGUUAAAGGUGCUGUAAUGAAAGCGGUGCCACAGUGCACGAGUUGGAUGCAGCUGAGCGGCAAGAGGAGGUGAGUGAGGGACUGCCUGCAGUCAGGGCCAGUCUGCAGCGUGGGUGUGUGAAGGCAGGCCCUACCACUGUGGUGGUUUUCUGUUUUGUUUUUAAUCAGGCAGUUCUGGUUGCACUGUUUUAUCUUAAGGGUGUGUAGCAUCCCUGGUGGAGGUGGUGGGAGUCGUGUUAAGUGCUGCUUGGGUUUACAUGUGCAAUAUUCUUAAUCUACCUGGCUUUUGUAUUUGUUGACCCAUGGGGCUACUUUCUAUUAAUUUUAAACUGGACUGAUACUUUAUUUAAUGAGGAAAAACAAGUGUUCACGCUUCAUCUUCACCGUGAUAGUCACUGGCUCUAAUGAAAACAGUAAUUUGUAAUUCUGCAGAAAACAUAUAUAUUUGUACAGUGGUUUUAAAAGAGUGUGGCUUGUUUCUAGUGUGUGAGUACUUGAACAACUUUUUGUUUAAGUCAAGAGCGUUUCUUUCUUAUUAAAAGAAAUUGCAAGAAAUAAGUAACCAUAUGACAUGGUUGAGAACAGCCGUGCGAUGUUCUUGCUGUGAUACUUAAUGUGGAAGAAAAAAUAAAACCUGCUCUAAAGAACUUGUUUCCUUAUCUUCAAGUUUUCUCGGCAUGAGACAAAAAGUAAUGGUUGCUUGCUGGUAGUGCAGCGAGCUGAGUUGCCCUCCUGGGGCAGGGCUGCUGCUUCCUUCCUUGCUGAGCUGGAGCAUCCACAGGCACAAAGGUACGGGACCACAGGUAAAUGUAAAUGGCUGAACUCUGAGAGCAUUAACUACUCACUAGAGUGGAGCCACCCUUCUAUAUUCUUUCAAAAACACCCAAAGCUUUAGAGAAAAAAAUAUCAACUUUUCAUAUAGCAAGCUGAAUAACUUUUGUUCUGUGCAUUUUUCCCCUGGUUCUCACAAUCUUUAAAGCACUGUGGCAUGAGUAGCAACUCAAAUGAUUGUGCAGGGCUGCUGAAGAAGUGGGGGUAAGUACUGCGUUUAGUUCUGGUUUGUAACAUCAGAGCAUCACUGAAAGUGCCUGUAGUUAUUCAGCACAAAUAGCCUGAGCACCCACAUAGCCCAAGUUGCUGCUUGUGCAUAGAGCUACAAGCAGGAGAAAGCUUGCUCAAAGACUCAACACUCCCACAUGUGAUUCAAGGAUUUAUUAAGUCAUACAUGCAAAACAUACUGCUAAUUGCAUUAGCAAAAGAUCAAUGUAAAAACUUCACAAUUUUGCAACUUUUAAGUUUUGCUUUAGUGGUCGAAAGGGUGUAGUUCAACACUGUAUUCCUGCCAGCUGAGGAUGUACAGAACAUUAGCACUAGUUUACAGAACCUCACAGACCCGAGUUACCGUUACUCAAUCUAUGCUGCACAUGGACAUGGAGGUGACAAAGAACACUCGUUUGCAUUAGUAAUGUUACAGUGUUGGGGAUAUCUGGCAAAUAGUGACAUCUGAGAAGGUUCAUAGAUUAUAGAGGUCUAAAAUAUAAAAAUUACUAAGAUGUGUAAAGCUGCUUCACAUGAUUUUUACACCUAGUUAAUAGACUAAAAGCUCCUCAGAAAGCAUAACUUACUGGGUUAGAAAUAACAGGAACAGAAGAAGGCUAUGCUUGAUCAUUCUACUUUACUAAAAAAAAAAAAAAAGAAUUCUA